AUGUCUAACAACAGAAGUGCCCUUAAGGACGUCGUCACUCGUGAAUAUACCAUCAACUUGCACAAGAGAUUGCAUGGUGUUACCUUCAAGAAGAGAGCUCCAAAGGCUGUCAAGGAAAUCAAGAAGUUUGCCUACUUGCACAUGAAGACCAACGACGUCAGAUUGGACCCAAAAUUGAACCAAGAAAUCUGGAAGAGAGGUGUCCAAGGUGUUCCAUACAGAAUGAGAAUCAGAAUCUCUAGAAAGAGAAACGAAGAAGAAGAUGCUAAGGACAAAUUGUACUCUUUCGUUGAACCAGUCACUGUUGCCACUACCAAGGGUUUGCAAACUGUUGUUCUCGAAGAUGAUGAAGAGUAA